CAGAGAUCUUAGCGACGUCACCACUCCUGCCCUUGGAAGGUUGCGCAUGUCGCUGCAGAUGCCUGCAUUUGGUAUCUCGGCGUCACCGUCCUCGAUCUGUGACUUCGCAUGAUCUAGAGCUGAGAUUCCGUGCCCUUCCAGGGCAGAGUCCAAUGCCACCAUUCUUACCGAGAAAGAGGCGGUCUACGUCGCCACCAGCCUCCUCACGGGAUAUCCCUGCGAAGAAGGCAAGACUCGCAGAUGUCUUGGACGCCGAGUCGAAAAGCAUUCCAGCGCUGCAGCGGACAAAGACAUUCUCCCUAGGAAGUGAUGAUUCGGAGUCCUCCCUGAGUGAUGUCGACAGCGACCAGUUCGAAAACGUCCCGUCCGUCCUCGGACAGCCGUCCGCUCCGACUCAUGAUGAUCAAAAGGAGGAGGACGAUGACGAUAACAUAGAAUGGGAAGAUGCUGCGGGCUACGACCACGAGAAGGAGCUACCGGUCUAUAAACCGCAGUCGGACGGCCCCAUCGAGAUAACCUUGCGCAAAGCCGACAAUGAAGCCGACAAUUGGAUUGCGCAGGCGGCCAACAAGAGGAAAGGUCCCUCGAAGCGAGAAAGGCAGGUCAGGGUUUGCACCCAUCAGCUACACGUCCAAUUCCUUCUCUGGCACAACUCGGUCCGCAAUAGCUGGAUCUCGGACAGGGAGGUUCAACAGAUUCUUGUCCAACAAUUACCCCCUCCAAUCAAAAAGGAGGUCGAAAAGUGGAAGAGAGCAAGUGGAUUACCGUUUGCAGAGCCAGAAGCAGGGGGGGAACCAGCAAAGGGUAGGGGUAAGAGACAUGGCAAACAGAAGGCUGCCAACCCACGCGAUGAAAGAGAUUGGGGAAGACCGAGCAAGCGCCUUGAGCCGGGCAAGCCCGACAUGAGCAAUGGCGAUCCGCUAAUCUCUCUUAUGAAAGUCCUGGCUGCAUAUUGGAAGAAGAGAUUUGCCAUCACUGCUCCAGGUUUGCGGAAGGGUGGCUAUGGCACCAGGCUGAGGUUGAAACAGAUCAUCCAGUCUCAGCGCAAUGAUGAGCACAAUCCGGAGGAGCACGGGGAGCGCAUCAGAGACAUCCAAGAAUUUCGCGAGCUAGCGAGGAAGUCUGAGGGUUCGAGGGACGUGGGUGCUCAAAUGUUUACCGCCUUGCUGAGAGGUCUAGGUAUCGAGGCCAGAUUGGUAGCGAGCCUACAGCCCAGUGGGUUCGGCUGGACUAAAGCAGAACAAGCGCUGCCUCGAAAGGCCGGCGAAGUGGUCGACUCAGAUACACACUUCGACGAUUCAGACUCGGGGGGUGCGAAGUCAAUAUCGAAGAUCACCAAAACCUCAACGCGACGAAAAGGCGGAGGACGCAAAACGUCCAGGAAUGGUUCCGAGGUGGGAACCGAAGAGGACUCGGUUGUGGACAUUACUCCCUCGAUGCCCAGAAAUCGACCUCAGAAAUACGACCGAGAGAGCCCCUUCCCCAUCUACUGGACUGAGGCAAUAUCACCGGUCACAAACAAAGUCCUCCCCGUCUCUCCGCUCGUUCUUGCAUCUCCAGUGGCCACCACUCCCGAAAUCCUUGCGACCUUCGAACCACGCGGCAUCAAAGCCGAGAAGACAAAGACCGUGAUGGCCUACGUCAUUGCGUAUUCCUCUGAUGGCUCUGCGAAGGACGUAACUGUGCGAUACUUGAGGAAAAGAAUUUGGCCAGGCAAGACAAAGGGUUUUCGAUUUCCAGUGGAGAAGAUUCCCGUAUACAACAAAUACGGCAAGGUCAAGAGAUAUGAGGAUUACGACUGGUUCAAACGUGUAAUGAGUGGAUAUGCUCGGCCCGACCUGAUGAGGACGACGGUCGACGACAUGGAAGACGCUACGGAUCUCGUUCCUCAACUUCCGGAGAAGAAGGACAACGGUGGUCAAGAAGUCGAUACUCUACAAUCUCUCAAAUCCUCCGCUGAUUAUGUGCUCGAACGGUUCCUUCGCCGCGAAGAAGCGCUCCGACCCAAUGCCGAACCGGUCCGUACCUUCAUUUCAGGAAAAGGUGAGAACCAAAAGGAAGAGCCCGUUUUCCGCCGUUCCGACGUGGAGCGUUGCUUGACGGCAGAGUCAUGGCAUAAAGAAGGCCGACGGCCUAGAGCCGGAGAAGCUCCAAUGAAACUCGUUCCUGUGCGGGCAGUUACAUUGACUCGCAAGCGAGAAGCAGAAGAACAUGAACGACAGACGGGAGAGAAACAGAUGCAAGGCCUAUACAGCUGGGAUCAGACUGAAUACAUUAUCCCGCCGCCGAUCCAGAACGGGGUAAUUCCUAAGAACGCCUAUGGAAACAUCGACUGCUUUGUUCCUUCGAUGGUGCCCAAAGGGGCCAUUCAUAUUCCUCUGAGGGGGACAGUACGGAUUUGCAAGAAGCUCCAGAUUGACUUUGCCGAAGCAGUCACGGGCUUUGAAUUCGGCAACAAGCGCGCAGUGCCCAUAUGCACCGGCGUGGUGGUCGCGAAGGAGAAUGAGCGGGCGGUGAAAGAGGCAUGGCAUACAUUCAAUGAAGAGCAGAGGAAGAAACAGGAAAAGAAAAUGGAGUCAAUGGUGUUGGAGAUGUGGAGAAAGUUCGUUGUCGGCCUGAGGAUCAGGGAGAGAGUCAGGGACACAUAUGGUGAUCAGAACGCGGCAGAUGAACUGGCGGUGGGGAGGAGUAAAGAACAGCCGAUCAUGUUGGAAAGUGACGACGAGCCGGCUCCAACGCAGAGAGACGGACUUGAAGCUCGAACUGCUGAGGACGAAUUCGGUGGGGGAGGCGGAUUUCUACUCGAUUCAGACGAAGAGCAUGUGGUUGAGAGUGACCUCGAAGUGGUCCAUCAUCAUGAUGAAUCGAACUCGCCUGUUCUGAACCACUCCAUUUCCAAGGGAAAGGAAAGGGCCACAGACAAUCAGUAUCCGACACCGGCUUCUGUCUCGCCGUUAAAACCGCCGCUUCGACGGCGACGACCUGGAAGGUCUAUCCCCAACGAAGCCGAAGACAGUGAUCAGGAAGGUUCGGGCUUAUCGGCCCCUCCGAGCGAGGACGGUGCCAACAUUGACGGAGGAGGCUUCAAUCACACAUCUGACCUUGACAGCAGCCUCGAUGGCGUUGACGAUGCUGAUGACGAGGACGACGACGGAGAAGAUGGAGACGAUGAUUCCGAUGAUAAAAACUUGGGUGAAUCCGACUCGGACGCCUACGUGCCCACGAAAGCCACAAAACGCACUACAUCAGCGCGCAAACCUCAGACCCAGAGCAGCUCGAAAACCACCUCUCAGUCAUCCUCACGGAGACAAACAAGAACAAGCACAGGUGCCACGAGGUCCAUGCCUAGUCCGUCUCCAGACAGCGGAGAUGGCGGCGAGGUUAGAUCUGACAAUGGCAUUGACGUGACGACGCGUCGGUCCAAGCCAAACGCCAAGUCGGCCCCCCAUGUCACCUCCAAAGCGAGACACUCAAGAGCUCAGCCUCGCACUCCAAAUGCCACCAGACGACGACUGAGACGGGAUAGCACGAGGGUCACGAGUCCAUACUUCCAGAGCUAGCUCGUGGGCUCGAGGCUUAGAUGUCGUAGAGGCGGUACUGCCAGGUGCUACAUACAUAGGUGGAUAGUUCAACCAGUAACAAGGCUAGAAUACUGGGAGAAGCAAGAUCUGCAGGCAUGUCCGGCGCUCAGGGCCAAUGCACAGUGCAACCAUCAAGACGUCGAAACCAGAUGAAACCAGUUUCGGUACUUGUAGCUACAUGACUGACUAUAGUCAGACCACCUGGCACCCUUGGAACAACAGGGUAUGGUAAAGAGAUACGGUCACGAUAUUGGGCAAGUUGUACCAAUGGGUCAGGGGGGCAGGGA